AUGGUCAAUACCGGCAGAUCAUCCACUGGCUGCUUCGCCUGCAAGGAGAGAAAAGUCAAGUGCGAUGAGCAGAAACCGAGCUGCAAGAAGUGCCUGAACAUCAAGCGGGAGUGCCCAGGCUACAAGGAUUCUUGGGCUACGAUGCACCGCGAGGAAAACGACCACGCCGCCAAGCUGGUCCAAAUCAGAGUUAAGAGAAAGCUCCGAGAAAGACGAGACCAGAAUCAGAGCGAAAGACCGGUUCUUCCUCGACCGGUGCAGCUCAGCGUUGACGUGGUCACUUUGAACCACUUCUACAAUGAUUAUUCACUCGGGUCCGGCGUCGGUUUUCUCGGUAUCCUGCCGUCAAUCUACUCGGCCGGCCCCGCCACGUGCUUCUUGGACGCCAUCCAUGCCACCGCCUUCGCGAGCUCAUCACGUCAACGGAAUGAGUCGGCUCUCAUGAUGGAGGCACGACGGCGUUAUGGAAGAGCAAUUGUGGGGCUGAACAAUAGUCUCCAAUCACCAGGAACUAACAACAGCGAUUGCAUGCUCGCCGCUUUGUUUCUUCUGGGUCUCUUCGAGGCAAUUAUUUCACAGCCCUCACCUAACAUGCCCAUCGAUACCGAGGCCAGUUGCCACCCACAUUCUCGAGGCGGCCUCUCUCUGCUUCAGUACAGAGCUCGUAUGGGUCUGGACAAUCAGCUCGACAGAACCGUCAUCAAGUUUUUCAGUCACGUUGCGUUGAUGGAGUUUUUCAUGACCCCCCCGGGAUAUGCGCCGCUUUGGUCUGAACUCCAACGAUUUCGAACGCCAUGGGCUAACGGCCCAAAUCUCGAGCCCGUCAUCCGUAGAGCCGUUGAUUUGAAAGCGGUCAUUGAGACGAGGAUAUUCCACCCCGGGCCGCCUUCAGAUCCCGCGAACACGGCGGACUUGAUGCAUCAAGGAAUGGAGGUCAUCAAGGAUCUCAAGAUUGCCGCAGACACAACCUCAGCCGAACAAGAAAGUCGCACAGCAACGGCAUUCAACGGGUUGUUCAACGUUGCAAACAAAGUUGUUACGACCAUUGCAACUUGCCUCUACUUGACGGUCAGACAACAGGUGAUCGAGCUAAUGUUGAGUCUGAUGAUUACGAUUGAAGACGAGACAACGGGAGACGACGAGCUGGGUGGUUUAUCGCAGCAAGGCGUCCAGAACUUGAAGGAGAUUUGUGAAUGCAUCAAGAUUGCUUUUGGUAUCGACGGCCAAAGGGAUAUCGAACAGGAGACCCCGGGGCACCCGCUGAGAAUCUGGUGUAUGCUCUGGCCUAUGGGAGCCGUUGUGGCAUCUUGUCUUGCGGACGAGGAGACAAAGUCGUGGGCCAGGCGGCAGUUUCGCGAAAUCGGGAAACAAACGGGGUUCGGAUUGGCCAUGGCAGUGGGAUAA